CAUCAAGAUGCUGUUCGGAAGCGUCGAGGAAGUAGACAACAACAAGAAGAGGUCUUCAUGCAGCAAACUUGAUUUUCUGAGUUAUUUACGAUCGUUAACUAUGGAGUCGACCCUCGAACAGCAUCUUGAUGAUACCAUGAAGAACCCAGCGGUUGUCGGUGUGCUCUGUACGGAUCAACAAGGACACAACUUGGGCUGCCGCGGCUCCCUGUCUGACGAACAUGGCGGUGUCGUGUCAGUUUUGGCCAAACAAGCUGCAGCUCUGACCAGAGACCCAACUGACUCUCCAACUGUGUGUCUGGAGUCUGAGUCAGGAAACAUUCUGGUGAGGAGUCACGGCACCAUCACAGUAGCAGUUCACAAGAUCGCAUCAUGAAGACAACAGGAUUCACUGAGGAGUUUUAUUGUAAAGAAAGAAACACAGUCGAAGAAAGAGAAAUCUGGAGUCUCUACACUGAUCCACUGUGUUUUUGUUGUUGUAUAUUCAGAUUCCAAACGCUUAUUAAUUUUGUGUGCUCUUCCUAUCUUUCUGUAAGUCACGCUAUUCUACUGAUGUCAUGUACAGAACAGGGAUUGUCUCAUGUUACGUGCAGCCAUGUUACUGCUGUGUGUCUCUUGUGUUGGCUUUUAUUCCCAGGCAAUCAUGCACAGAAUAACAACCCUUAAUAAACUUUAACUUGACUUUGA